UUCAAGGUUGACAGCGCUACAGGUAUGGUUCGGUUUAUUUGUUAUUAAUUAGCGACCGUUAACAGUUUGUAGGCUCUACAGCACCCAUUUCUCUCUGUGUAAAGCAAAUCUCGUUUAUAUACGCUCCAGUAGCCUUACCUACGAUCUUCGGUGUGACAGGUUUCCUAGAUUUUAGACUUGGAGCGGGCAUCAACAAGAAUAUGCUUGAGUAUUUUGUGGUUACUGGUUUUGAGUCCCGCGUAUUUCGUUUCUGUUUCUCUGCGCUAUGGGUAUAUUCAGUCUCUUGGUUUGGCACUAGUUACAGAGUAUUCAUUCUUAUAGUAUGGUCAUUUAGAAAAGGUAUCGUAGGCAAAUAGCUGAGAUGCUUCUAUUCAAUUUCCAUCUAUGAACCAUACAUGAAAAAAACCAAUCGCAAUGGUUUUUUUUCCCUGGUCAUUUCUAUGUGUCAACUAAACAAGCAUGGUUGAUUCAGAAACCUCAAAUGCAGUAGCUACUAGUUGACAUAUGCAUCCCGAUUGACGAGAUCCCAUUGGAGAAGCAGCCGGUUGACAUUUUAAUAUAUCAACUUCAAUUUACUCUUGAAUUUGCUCUUCUAUUACUUUGUGUCGAUUACUGCGAGGAAUAUUGGAAAACAUUAGUCCGGAAAGACGAGUUCACUGUCAGUAAUCGCCUGAUAUAUAGCUGUAUAAAACAUCUACAGUUGUAUUUACCUCAGCAAAAAAUUGAUGACUAUGAAAGUU